CGAAGCGCGCCGGCGCCCCCCAUGCGCCAGGCGGCCGGACGGCGGCGUCGGGGGGCGCCAUGGCCUCGGCGGCGGCGGGCGAAGCGGAAGAGACCACCCGGCUGCGCAAGCCGCGCUUCUCGUUCGAAGAGAACCAGAUCCUGAUCCGCGAGGUGCGCGCCCACUACCCGCAGCUCUACGGCGCUCAGAGCCGUCGGGUGAGCGUGGCCGAGCGGCGGCGAGUGUGGGACGGCAUCGCCGCCAAGAUCAACGGCAUCACCAGCUGGAAGCGCACGGGCCAGGAGGUGCAGAAGCGCUGGAACGAUUUCAAGCGCCGCACCAAAGAGAAGCUGGCCCGCGUGCCGCACUCCACGCAGGGCGCCGGGCCUGCCGCCGAGGACUCUUUCUCCGCUGAGGAGGAGACCAUUUUUGCCAUCCUGGGACCGGGUGUAGCGGGGUCAGGAGCUAGUGCAGGGGCCGAGCAGCCCCCCGCGGCUGCCUCCUCACAGCCGCCAGCCCCGAGUGCCUGCGCCCAACGCUAUGUGCUGUCUGAGGAUCGCAGGGAGGAUCGACGCGCGGACACACCAGCCCACAGCAAGGGGGGCUCCAGCAGCCCAGAGCCUUGGGCCAGAGCCUCCUGCAAUCCCCAGGAAGGGGGCUGCCAGCCACCUAAGGAGCGUGAGUCCUCGCCCCCUCCAGCCCUGCAGACCGUCCAGUUGCCCCGCCUGGCCUUGUCUCCACCACCCUCAGCUCCUCCACCACCACCGCCACCACCCUCGCCCCCCCAGCCACUGCAGCAAGCCCAAGUGGCACCCUCACCCCCCAGCCCCCCACGCCCUCCGCUGCCUCCACCCUCGGCCCCAGACCCCUCCCUGGACUUCCUGCGGGCUCAGCAGGAGACUGCCAAUGCCAUCCGGGAGCUGGCGGGCACCCUGCGCCAGGGACUGGCCAAACUGAGCGAGGCCCUCAGUGCCCUGCUGCCCCUUCUGCCGGGAACGCCUGCUGACCCACUGCCCCCACCUCUGCCCCCGCCCCCGCCCCCACCCCCGCCCCCCAGGCCCAUCUUGCCCCCACCCUCCCCCAAGGUGGAGGUCACCCCAGAGCCGGUGUCCGUGGUGGCAGCCGUGGUGGAUGGGGCAGUGGUGGCAGCCAGGGGGGUGAUCAUUGCCCCGAGGAGCGAGGAGGAGGCCCCCCGGCCACCCCCUGCCCCUCUCCCGCCCCAUGACUCCCCCCCACACAAAAGGAGGAAAAGUUUCCCUACACGGAAGAGGCGGGGGCGAUGGAAAUGUCCCUGAAAUCUGCCAUGGGGUUCGAGCUUGUCUGCGCACCUUUUGCCUGCACCUCCUCCCCAACCUUAGCCCUGUGGAGGAGGGCAAUGCACCUUCCCUUCCCAGCUGCACCCCAGCUCCCUGCUGCAGGGGCACACGCACCCCACCCCCUGUACUAGUUAGUGCCUGAUUCUAGGGCGGGGAGGCCUCCUGGAUGGGCCCCCAGCCCUUUCUCCAGUACAGCGCUGUCUGCCUGGCUGCUUCCCCCAACCCCAACUUCUAAGCCAUGGAUUUUAUGUUAUUUAUUAUAUAACAUAAUAAUAUGGGGGGUUGCGGAGGGAAACCUGCACUACCCCACGCCCCUGCCCCCAACAACUCCUGGCCUUGACUUGAAGAGAACUGACCCACCUCCCCAGCCCAGACUUUGGAGGGGGUGGGGGCUGCAAGACAAAUCAGGAUGAAGAGGAGACUGCAGUUUGUACCCUAGGGAGGAGGGGGUGGAGUUCUCACUGGGGAGAUGGAGGUUGAGCCUUCUGCCUCCCACUGCAGGUUUCUGACCUCCAGAGCUUAACCCGCUCUGUUCUCCCCAGUGGUGACUAGAUAUCAAUAAACUUAUUUUUUAAUACAA